UGACGUAGCUGCGCAGUACGGCAUUGAGACGUUAUCUUCUAAAUGCGAUAAUUCCUUGAGUCACUAGCUUGCGGGCGGGGUUGCCAGCUGAGUUCUGUAGAUAAGGAUGCCAGACGCCAAAAAGCGAACAGUCACAUAUCACUGCAAAUACACCAAUUAUUAUUGUUGUUGUUGUUUUUAUUGUGGGUUGAACAACAAAUGUGUUAAAAUCUUUGCAGCCUUUAAAUGGCAAAUGGCAAGCAAAUGCAAUUGAAAUUGCCAACGAGCUGUUUAGAAACGUUAAGCCAUAGCGGUAGUUAAUAGCGGCAGCAGCGCCGCCUCUCCAAAAAAAGCGUAACAAAGUUACGUGAACAACAACGUAUUUUUUUUUGGUAAGGAGACACCCAUUAAAAAAUUUUGUAUAUAUCGUCGUGUGUGUUGAUAUGACAGCAAAUGCAAAAACAAAAACAAGGCAGCUGCAAUGAAUGUGAAGAAACGGCCACGUCUGGAGCUGGCGACAGCGACUGCGGCAGCGGCGGCAGCGAUAGCGACAGACAGAGACAGAGACAGCGGUGCAUAUGGAAACGGAAACGGGUAUGUCAACGGCAACGGCAACGGUAAUGGAAACGGAAACGGUAAUGGAAGCCUUGGUAGCAUUGGCAGCAUUGGCAGCACCACAAACGGUUUGUUUUUAACCAGCAGCCUGGACAUAAAUAGCGGUGCUCAAAUCUAUUUAACCAUCUGUGCGGAUGAUGACAACUCGAAUGAAUCUCAAGAGUUUUAUGCCAUUGAGAGCAUUAAACAGGAGCCAGACUUGGAUGCACUGCAUCAGGCGCUGUUGCCCACAAAUCUGCAGCUGCCAACCGGUUGUGAAAUCUAUUUAGUUAAGGACAACCCAACAACAACAACGACAAUUAGUGAACAAUUGCUGCAGCCUCACACAACAACAACAACAACAACACAAUCAGUGGCUGCCAUUAAAUUGGAGCCGGAUUCCAUUUGUCCAUCCAGAAAUGUAUUGUAUUUAAAUACUAAUGCAAGCACACAUAAUCUUAUAAUUGCUGGCAAGGAUUCGGUGAGCAGCAGCAACAGCAACACCCUUCCAGUUGCUCCCGUUUCUGCUCCCAUUUCUGCUCCUAUUUCUGCUCCUAUUUCUGCUCCUGUUUCACACUACAAUAUCAAAUUGGAUGCUUACAAAAAGCGCGAUGAUAAACGACGUGCGACACACAACGAAGUGGAACGACGUCGUCGCGACAAGAUCAACUGUUGGAUCUUCAAGCUCAAGGAAAUGCUGCCCACUGAAGGUAAUCGCUACAAGCCUACGACCAAUUCCGAUCCCAAUCCCAAUCCCAAUCCCGAUCCCGAUCCUGUAGACAGCAGCAGCAGCAGCAACAAGACAACAACAACAUCGACUACAACGACUGCAACAAACAUGAAGAGCAAUCAACAGAAUGGACGCACUCCUCCCAACGACUCCAAAUCCCAAAUACUGAUCAAGGCCUGUGACUACAUCAAGAGCAUGCAGAAUGAGAUCGACAACCUGCGUGACUGUCUGCGGGAGGCGGAGAGUCUGCGUUUGAGCAAUCAGGCAUUGCGUGAUGAGCUGGAUAAUCUGAAGCAACAACAGGAGCUGCAGGAGCGUUUUAAUACCGCUGGCGGAUCAUUCAAUGUAACGCUCAAUUCCCUGAACAGCUCAGCUACUAGUGACCUCUUCGAUAACAUCGAUACGGCACCAAAUCUUUCAACGGUCUCAUCGAUUAAUUUCACUAAACGGGGCCUCAUGAUCGCCGACUACGAUGAGUGAAAAGAAUUGUCCCCAAUUUCUCAACCAAAGAACGUAAUGAUUGAAAGCAUAACAACUACAACAACAACAAAUACAAAAAUAUGGUCAAUAUAUUAACAUUUAUGUGCCACAAUAUGGAAUGCGGUCAGCUUUGGUUUGAUCCGAAGAGUUCUUAUUAUUGUUAUCGUUAUCGUUAUCGCCGAUAUAUUGAUUUAAUUUGUUAAAUUGUUGCCAUCCCUAAAUCAAAUGUCUUCAACGAUAUAGUAUAUAUACAUAAACAACAUACAUACCUACAUACAUAUUUACAUAUACAUAUUUAAGCAUACCCAAAAUACCUAAACAAUACCAAAAAAAAAAAACAAAAAAGCAAAAAAAUAAGAAAAUAUUUCAUAUUUUGAGCAUAUUGUGCUUGUUUUUCGAUUUUAUUGUAAUGUUACUCGCACUAAUUAAAUAAUGUAAAGUAUUUGUAAUAUCUUAAAACAACAAUUAUCUAUAACAACAUAUACAAUUAUAUAUAUUAUAUAUAUACAUAUUAUAUUAUUAUAAAAUAUACAAAAAGCGGUUAACAAAGUCUACACACACAAUUUGUAAUAGUAUGGCCAGCAAAAUUCUUCUCCAAUUGUUCGCGUUAUACAUUGGAGAUUAUUUUGCAGCCCUAUCGGAAAAAUAAGACAGAGACAGAGAGACAUAACCGCAAUCAGGCCAAUCAUAUGCAGACGAGAGAGUAUGUGUCUUGAAGAGAGGGAAAGAGAGAGACUAGUCAUCGUGAAAUUAUUAACAAGUUGAAAUACUCAUUAAUGACAGCCUCUUUUUUGAUUGCUUAUUUUUUCAAUGAGGCUGCAAAGAGUGGGGUUAAAUAAAUAAAAAAGCGAGGUAGAGUUGAAUAAGUCACUUUCUUAAUAAUUUCACCAUGACCCAGUGUAAAAGAAAAAAAAGAGAGAAAGUAUAUUGUGUGCGUCUAUCGAUCUUCAAUACACAUGCAUUUUUCUCUUGCAUUGAUGUGUACAGAUAACGAUAUUGUUAAAGAGAAUUGUAAAAAUUUUGAACAUAUAUUGUUGUGAAUCGUUAGAAAAUUGUUUUUGGUAUAGCGUUGAUCAAAGAAAGUGCAAUUCGUGUUACUUGUUGCUAUCUACAUAUAUACCAGUUAAUAAUUCUAUUAAAUUCAAUAAAAAAACAAAACAAAAU